ACAGGCCCAGCACCGAGCACAGGCCCAGCACAGCACCGAGAACACGCCAGCACCGAGCACAGGCCCAGCACCGAGCACAGGCCCAGCACCGGCCAGCACCGAGCACGGCCGUCAGACAUGCCGCGGGGAGGUAAACGAGGCCACAAGGGGCGGGCAAAACAAUUUACAAACCCAGAUGAGAUUGAUGCUCAGAUGAAAGCAGAGAAAGAAAAGGCCAAAGAUCUACCUGAGAACGCGGGUGAUGCUGACUCUGAUGAAAGCAGUGAUGAUGAUGAUUCUGAGCCCAAGAAGAAAGGAGUGGAAGGUAUAAUAGAGAUUGAGAACCCCAACCGAAUAGUACAGAAAAACAAGAAAAUAGCUGAAGUGGAUCUCAAUCCCCGAAACCGAGAACUCUCCAGGCGAGAAAGGGAAGAGAUUGAGAAGCAGCAAGCCCGGGAGAGGUAUAUGAAACUCCACCUGGAGGGGAAGACGGAGCAGGCGCGGGCAGACUUGGCGCGGCUUGCCAUCAUACGGAAGCAGCGGGAAGAUGCAGCCAAGAAACGGGAGACUGACAAGAAAGUGAAAGACACGAAAGCCUAACGCCAAGCGAGCCCAGCAGAGUCAUCGGGUAACCUGGAGGGGGACAUUCAAGCCAUCACCUGCUCUUGCGCAGCUCAUCUCCUCCUCGCCCAACGCCAACAACAAAAACAACAAAAAAAACCAACUCCAUCGCAUCCUGCAUCUCGCCCACAGCCAGCACACACGCCGCCAAGAGAGUCGAUCUGCCUGUUGAAUUUUUACACUUCCGAUAACCAAGAAUAAACAAGGUGUUUUUAAUCCAGCCGCGUGCUUUUAGAAGCACCGUUUGGCAUUCUGUGCAUGAAGACUGAAAAGACUAGUGAAUGUUUAAUAGUGUGCCGUGCGUGGUGGGCUGGCACUAGACCGUUGGGGGGGGUGGGGGGGGGGGGGGGGGGGGUUCUAGUUCAGAGCGUGACUUUGGAUGAGGCCCAGAUAUUGCUCCAGUUAGCUACAGAGGUCUGUUACAACUUCCAGGGGGAUUUUUUUUUGCUCCCUUGUUACUUGUCCUUAAAAAAAAAUAAUAAUAAUACUGACAGUAUAUCCAGGAUCAUAAUUUGUAGGGAAAAGUGCGGUUUCCAUUAGUAUUUGGGACGGCUGAGGGUGGAGGCAGAUUGCGGGGGGAGGGGGGGGGGGGCGAUACUAGAGGGGUCACACUUGUAAGCCAUAAGGAGAGGGGACGGCAGCCUGAGGAGACGGUGGGCGAGGACAUCAUCGGCUACUUUGUCACUUCUGUUGCAGAAUCCAAGGGAACGUUUCGGUGUGGUAAAUUAGAAGCAGCGCCAAGCUUCCAGCCAUUUGUGUCGGCCAUUUUGAUUUUAGCUCCUUGGUGACAUCUUUGUCAGGCCCUCUUUUAUUUCCCCCUCCUCUUUCCUCGCUCUUGCAGUAUGAAACAUUUGCCACAGUAGGUUUUAUUUGAGAGCCUUGGUUAACGGCGCAGCAAUAAAAAAACCAAAAAAAACACCCCGGUCUGGAAAGAUGAGUAAUUUAUUUUCCUGUAUAAAUCUAAGUUUGUCGUCUAGAAGCUAGUCUUUUCCCUCGGGCAGUUUGAUAGGCACAUUUAACCUCAAGAGUCAGCUGCCUUAUUUAAUUUUUUUUUUUUUUUUUUUUUUCCCAUUGCUUUUGAUCAUAGCGUCAUUUAAUUUUUUGGGAGUCGGUGUGUGGGAGAGUGAGAGGGAGGGGUGAGUAGAAAUGGUUAAUCAGAUGGAAAGCCAAAGUACAAACUGUUUUGCGAGUUCGCAGAUUCCAUCUGUACAACUGGUUGGUUGGUGGGCGUUCUUCACAUGGGCUUGUGGAGGGACUGUGGUUGGGGAAGGUCAGAGUUAGUACCUAGUUUACCCUUGUGUUUGUGGAGAGGGGAAAAUAAAUUGCCUGGAGUUUUACUCCUCA